CUUCUCCAAGCGUUGGCGUCCAGUGAGGCGUGGCCACGCCAAGUGAAUAGACGCUGAACCCACGCGCGCGUGUCCCAAAAAAAUAGCAUGGCGUCCUCAGAAAGUAGCAUCUUGCGUAUCAGCGACCAAAAGACUCUGGAACUGGUCGAGCUGUACAAGAAAGAGGAAUGCUUAUGGGACACAACAUCUCUGAGCCACCGAAUCAAAUGUAGGAGGCGUCAGGCCGCAGAGAAGAUAGCUAGAAUUUUGAACAUACCGAAUUUUGACGCGUCACAUGUCAUGAUCAAGCUUAAGAACUUGAGGAACGCGUACUGCCAGGAGUUGAAGAAGUCGGCCAUGCUUCAGAACCAGGGGGUGGGCGACGACGCGCCGAAGAAGACCAAGCCGAAGCCACAGUGGUAUGCUGUCAUGGACACGUUCAUUCGGCCGCACCUGAAGGCCAACUAUACCCCCAGCGGUCCCACGUUGGUAAUAAAUGGCGGCAUAAUCAAACGGGAACCUGAGCCGGAGCCACUGGACGAUCCGGACGAGCUCUGGGACAACCCGGGCUCCGAGGAGGAGAGGCUGUCUGAGCUACCAAAGACCACAGACACCUGCGUCGAUAGCAUCGACUUCGAUUAUGAACAGUACAAGCGACCGGCCCCGAGCACCAGCAGCAACUCACCAAAGCGAAUGAGGAGUGAGAGUCUUCUGGCAGAAAGUCUGAAAGAAGUAUCCACAAAUCUAGCUGGUCUCAAAGAAGAUGCUGCUAAGAAUCAACAUAUGACAAAAGAAGAAUUGCAUGACAACUUCGGUAGAUAUGUAGCGUCACUGAUGCGACUUCUGCCUAUGAAGAAAGCUUUGAUGCUGCAGCCAAAGAUCGUGAACAUGAUUUCAUCUGAAAUUAUAGACUGUCAAGACGACAUUUUUGACUGAAAAGAGGGGUUUUAGGACUAUGAACGACUAGGUAUUACUUAGAAUGUGAAGGCUAAUGCAUAGUGUCUAAAAUCCUAUGCAGUGAUUGUUGACUAUUGAAAAGUGAGUUUUUCGUGUUUUUGGUUUUUAAUAAAAGUUGUUGUAUUUGUGUCACAGAAUUAUAUACUCUCUUUUGCAUCGGACAAGGGUGACACCUGCUAAUAGGACCAGUCUACGAGGGCAAUUUUAUUUUAUUUUAUGAGUAGAGAAGUUGAUUUUAUCCAUUAUGGUCUAUCCACCAGCUGGGUAUUGAAUACGCGUUCAAUAUUAACAAUUAUUAAUUUGUAAUUUAUCCAUCGUUCUGUUGUAUGUAAUCCAUUGUUCCAUUAGUUAAAUAAACAAUUUUAAAUAUUUAA